AUGGCAGACCUCCAAACGGGGCUGAUGGCCGGCAGGGUGACCGAAUUUUUGGAGCUGUCCAUAUCUGGCGGGUCGAACUCUGCAACAGCCGGCCAAGUCAAUAAUAAUUCAGGGCAAAAGACGACGCAAGCAAGGCGAAGCUUAACGACUGUGUAUGGUGCGGGGACGAUCGACCAAAAUAGUGGCAAAGCCCUGCAUCAUGACGAGAACAGUGGCCAGAGAAUUCGGAAAGGGUACAGGAAUUCCAUCUUGCUGCGGAGGGGAGCGGAUCCGAAAAAUAAAAGUCUGAGCGGCGGAGCCGAGAAAAACGAUGAGAUGACAAAACAGGGCGAGCCAGGCCAAGAAGAACGAACACAGAGUAUGCCAAAUCCCAACAAUGCGAUCGUGCAGACGAUUGGAUAUGAAGUACGGUAUGAUCGAGAGGGGGAACAAAGGGAGAGCAAUGACCAACUUUGUGGCGGUGCAGAUCACCUGCAUCAUGCAGCUUCAUCACAGCAAUAA